CUAUAUACGAAAACCUGAUAAUAAUCUGAAACGUGUCCUCCGAUACGACACGGUACGAUAGCAUAGGAGAGCACAAAACCAGUUCAGAUGCCGACGGCCGCGUGUCCCGUACCGCCGGCCGAUAAAGCUCUGAUGGCUUCAACGAUGCCUAUCCCGGCAGCGCAGAUGCCGUCGGAGACGUUCGCAAGAGACGCCAUUAUCGCGUGGUUCAGGGGAGAAUUCGCGGCGGCCAACGCCAUCAUCGACGCUCUCUGUAACCACCUGACACAACUAGAUGGACUCGAUGGCCAUGGUGCUGAGUACGAAUCGGUGUUUGGUGCGAUCCAUAGGAGGCGAUUGAAUUGGAUCCCGAUCCUUCAGAUGCAGAAAUACUACUCUAUAGCAGACGUCGCUUUGGAGCUUAAGAAAGUCGCGUCCAAGAAAAUGAUGAGGGAGGGAGGAGAAAAGAAGAAAAUUGAGGAAGUCAAGGUUUUUUAUCAUAAAAAGGAAGAAAGUAGCAAAGAUGCCAAUGGUAGUGUUCAGGUCGUGAAUGGAGAAUCCGGGGAGGAAAUGAAGGAGAGUGAAGGUGAAGCAGUUGAUGAGGUGGUGGAAGAAGUUUCGUCCGUUGACGAUCAAUCGGAUCGUAAGGCUAAUGAUGAAGCAGAUUAUCAAGAAGAGCAGCUCCCUGAGGAAAGCAUACAAAUUUGCUCCAACCAUGAAGAUUGUGAGAAUCGCAGAGACCAGAUAAAGACAACCAAAGGAUUCGUAGCCAAGGAACUCGUUAAGGGACAUAUGGUCAAUGUGGUGAAAGGUCUAAAACUGUAUGAGGACAUCUUCACUGACUCUGAGCUCUCCAAGCUCAAUUCCUUUGUAAAUCAACUCCUCCUUGCUGGUCGAAAUGGAGAAUUGUCAGGGGAGACGUUUAUUUUAUUUAACAAACAGUUGAAGGGGAACGAGAGAGAGCUAAUUCAGCUAGGGGUUCCAAUUUUCGGACAGAUUAGAGAUGAAACAAAUAGCAAAUCUCAAAGGAGUAAUAUUGAACCAAUUCCACCAGUUCUUCAAGCAGUCAUCGAUCACUUGGUUCAAUGGCAUCUGAUUCCAGAGAGUAGAAAACCCAACAGUUGCAUUAUUAACUUCUUUGAUGAGGGAGAAUACUCGCAACCUUAUCUGAAACCGCCGCAUUUGGACCAACCCACUUCCACACUACUUCUUUCCGAAUCAAACAUGGCUUUUGGACGGGUUCUCAUGAGUGAUCAGAAAGGCAAUUUUAAGGGUUCACUCAUGGUUUCAAUUAAAGAAGGGUCACUUCUAGUCAUGCGAGGAAAAAGUGCUGACAUGGCAAGACACGUCAUAUGUGCAAGUUCAAACAAGAGGGUGAGCAUCACAUUCUCCAAGGUUCGGCUUGACACCAACAACCAAAUGAGGCCAUCAACCACCCCUCCUCUGACCAGGGCCAUGACAGUGUGGCAGCCAGGAGUUCCACAGCCUUAUACGAUGCCAAAUGGCACAUUCAACGGGUACGAAGCAAUAGAAAUGGUCCCAAAAUGGGGGGUCCUUCGUGCCCCACUGGUCAUGUUAACCCCGGUGCCACCCAUGGUGAUAAACCCCAGAAGAAUCCCUCGUGGUGGAACCGGAGUGUUCUUGCCUUGGACAGUAGGGUCCAAGAAACCACCAAGGCAUCUUCCACCACGGGCUCAGAAGGGAAGGCUUCUUGCAUUACCUUCCUCUGUAGAAACACAAGCAGGGGAGCCCAUAUCGGAUUCGGGCGCCAGGGAGUGACCACUACUUUAGCUUCUAUCUUUGGUUAUUCUCCUUUUUCGGGUUUUCGGCACCUCCCUCACCCAAACAAGAAAAGUAGUUUGGAUUACCAGAUGAUGUUUGAGGCCAAAGCUGUACAAAAUCGUGGGAAGUAUUACCCUGUCCUCCCCUAACUGUGGAGAGGAGAUUUGUAUGUCAUAGAGAGGAGUGAGGGGCACCUUUUUAUCUUUGGCCUCUUGUUUAUUGGAUUGAAAUGGGGCUGUGUAGGACCGUAGGUGCACUAAGAGGGGGGGUCUGUAGCCUUUUGAUCUUGUUUUGGGGCUUUUCUCAUUUUAGGAAGAUUAGAGAUGAUUUAGUUUUAGUUCAUGAAGGGUCAUCAGGGCAGAGUGUUUUGUGAAUUAACCCUGAUAGAGAGAGGAUUUUGUAUUAA